AAUAAAUUACAUAAAAUUACCUCACGGCGCGGUGGAGUUACGAUUUGGGGGCGAUUGGGGAGUACAUGGAGGAGAAAAAGCGAGAUGUGGUGGCGACUGUGAGGGACAAUGAGGUUGUGGAUGUGGUGGCGAAGGAGGAAGUGGAGAGGAUCAAAGGGUACCCCAUUGAGGUUGGGACGGUGGGUCCGGACGGGACAUGGCGGGUCGCGGCGGCGAUCGGCACAAGGGAGUCGGAUAAGGAGAGAUUGGAGGAGUUGGUGAAGGCAGGGGUGGAUGUAGUGGUGUUGGAUAGCUCUCAGGGGAACUCCAUUUAUCAGAUUGAGAUGAUAAAGUAUGUGAAGAAAAUGUACUCGAGUUUGGAUGUAGUUGGCGGGAAUGUGGUGACGGUGAGUCAGGCGCAGAAUUUGAUUCAGGCUAGUGUUGACGGGUUGAGGGUUGGAAUGGGGUCUGGCUCAAUUUGUACCACUCAAGAGGUUUGCGCCGUCAGUCGCGGGCAGGCAACUGCUGUUUACAAGGUUGCGUCUAUUGCUUCACAAAGUGGUGUGCCUGUGAUUGCUGAUGGUGGAAUUUCCAAUUCUGGACACAUUGUCAAGGCUUUGGUCCUUGGGGCUUCUACUGUCAUGAUGGGAAGCUUCUUAGCUGGAGGCACUGAGGCUCCCGGGGUUUUUGUGUAUCAGAAUGGUCGCCGCAUCAAAAAAUUUCGAGGCGUGGGAUCUCUUGAAGCAAUGACAAAAGGGAGUGAUCCGUACUUGGGCGAUACCGCUAAGCUGAAAAUUGCACAGGGGGUAGUUGGGGCGGUUGCAGACAAAGGUUCUGUUUUGAAGUUCAUACCAUACACAAUGCAAGCUGGGAAACAAGGUUUCCAAGAUCUUGGUGCUUCUUCAUUGCAUUCCGCUCAUGACCCCAUAAAAUCAAGCGUUUUAAGGCUAGAGGUAAGAACAGGAGCAGCACAAGUAGAAGGUGGCGUUCAUGGUCUGGUUUCUUACAAGAAGAAAUCGUUUUGAUGGUUAUAUCUUUUCAGCUUUCUCAUUCCUGCUGGUACUGCUGUCCGGGGGAAUUGGGAACUCUUCCAUGUUCCAUUCUGCAUCUGAUAUCGCCAAUUUAGGAUGAGUAACAAGGGCGAGCCUGUCAAACUGCUACAGGGUCUUUCUAAGCAGCGAAAGCUUUGGUCUCAAACGGUUCUCUGGCAUUUUGUUGGUUGCCAUGAGAGCUCCCAUCUGCCUGCAAUUGUUUGACUCUGCAUUAAAAUGUGACAUAUGACCAUUUAGAAUUUAUCUAGUUAUGUUUGUUACUAGUUUUCA